AUGAAGAAGGAUCUCAACACCGAAAGAACUCCAAUUAACUUUCGAAGGGUAAGGAAGCGUGCAUCAUCUAAUUCAUUCUCGAAUGUAAGGCCAGACAGCAAGCGUCCCGCAAUUAACUAUCAGGAGCGCAUCAAUCAAAUCCCGAUCUACAUAAUAGACCCGACCGAGGAAGAUCCGCAGAAUCUCUACAAGAUAUUCGGUGUCGAUGGUGAGGUUGUUAGUCGAACGACGGGAAAAAAGGUGACGAUACCAAAGAACAUCGCGUGGGGUAAGAGUUGUGCUAAAAUUUGGAAGACACUGCGUGAUGUGAUCGAUGAUCGCCAAGUUAGACCACCAAGUGAAAUGAACUCGUACUAUCGAAAAGGAUUUAUCGAGAAGCACUCGCUGAAGGGGAGAGGAUUACGUGGGGCGGGAGUAAAUCAUACCAAGAAUCUGAGGGAUGCAGUUGGAGCAUCAAAGAUGGAAUACCGGGUACUCGGAAGCAAGUUCAUCCGUCUUCCGGAUCUCCACAACAACGUGCUCAACAUCAAGCACAACAACCGAACAUCAGCGAAAAAUCAGUUUAAGAUGAGCGACGAAAUGACCAAGCUCGUGUCUGAGUUAGUCUUUGAAGGAAACAUCAACCAGAAGCUGUAUGAAACUCUUGAUCACAGUGAGAAGAUCAAGUUUUUCAAGCUGUUGAAGCUCACGCAUCUGUACUACUCGAACAAGUCAAUACUGGAAGACCCGAAUAAUCGUCUCAUACAAGAAUUUAAUAAGCUGAGAGGUGAAGUUGCACUUGGGAACGACAACCCAGAGUUGAUCAAGGAGCUAAAGAAUUUGCUUAUUGAUAUGCAUGAGCUUAAGCUAAUUAAUACGCUUGAUUUUAGAGUCGCGAUGUUACAUCUCUGA